GUUUGUUUCUGCAUUCUGUGAUAUCCUCUGUUGACAGCAAAGAGAAGAAUACCAUGAGAACGGGUAACCAGAGUACAGUGGCUGAAUUCAUCCUCCUGGGGCUCCCCAUUCAGCCAGAGGAGCAAGGCUUGUACUCUGCCCUUUUCUUGGCCAUGUACCUGACAACUGUGCUGGGGAACCUGCUCAUCAUCCUGCUCAUCAGGCUGGACUCUCACCUCCACACCCCCAUGUACUUCUUCCUCAGCCACUUGGCCUUCACAGAUAUCUCUUUUUCAUCUGUCACUGUACCCAAGAUGCUGAGGAAUAUGCAUAUUCAGGAUCCAUCCAUUCCCUAUGCAGAGUGUAUAGCACAGAUGUAUUUUUUCAUAUUUUUCACCGAUCUGGACAACUUUCUACUCACUUCAAUGGCAUAUGAUCGGUAUGUGGCCAUCUGUAAUCCCCUGCACUACACCACUAUCAUGAGAGAGGAGCUCUGUAUCUUACUGGUAGCUAUAUCCUGGAUCCUAUCCUGUGCCAGUGCCCUAUCUCACACCCUCCUUUUGGCCCGGUUGUCCUUCUGUGCUGACAACACCAUUCCUCAUUUCUUCUGUGACCUUGCUGCCUUGCUGAAACUCUCAUGCUCAGACAUCUCUCUCAAUGAACUGGUCAUUUUUACAGCAGGCACAACAGUCAUUACUCUGCCACUAAUAUGUAUCUUGAUCUCUUAUGGUCACAUUGUGGCCACCAUCCUGAAAGUUUCAUCUAAAAAAGGGAUCUGCAAAGCUUUGUCCACAUGUGGCUCCCACCUCUCUGUGGUAACUCUGUAUUAUGGUGCAAUUAUUGGACUUUAUCUUAUACCUUCAUCCAGUACUUCUAGUGACAAGGGCAUAGUUGCUUCUGUGAUGUACACAGUGGUCACUCCAUUGCUGAACCCAUUCAUAUAUAGCAUAAGGAACAGAGACAUGAAGGAGGCUUUGAAGAAACUCUUCAACAGGGCAGCAAUCUCAACUUAA